AUGACAUCAGUUGCAUCAUCAUCAUCAUCAUCAAAUCCAUUAAUAUCUGAUCAACAAGUAACUUUCCAAUAUGCAAAUGAAUGUGAUUUAGAAAUACAUUGUUCACCAUUUGGUUUAAGUGGAUUAUAUAUGAGAAUUGGAGGUGCAAAUAUAAUGGGAAUUGGAUCAACAAUGGGAUUAAUAACAGGUAGUACUAAGGGGCUAAUACAUUAUAAUAAUAGUAAUGAUUUAAUUGAUCAAAAAUAUAAAGCAUAUGUUGUUAUAGAUGAAGAAGGAAUGUUAAGAAUAGAUUUUACAAAAAUUACUAUAGAUAAUAAUUCAAAAGAAGGUAAUAAUAAUAAUAAAAUUGAGAAUAAUGUAUCUAAUGCGUUUGAAAAUGAUGAUAAUUUAGAAGAAGAAAUACCUACAUUAGUGUUUAAAGGACCUUGUCCUGAAGGUAGACCAGAUGAUAUAGAACCUUUUAUUGGAAUUUUUUCAUUUGAAAAAGAAACUUCAUAA